GUUCGGACUCCUCUCUGCAGCAGAGUAAGUAUGAUGCCAGACAUGCACAAAGUGCAAGCACCAUUUGAUGCCUAUCUUUCGGUUCCAUCUGAUCCUAACAUUGCAUUUAUUCACUGGUGCAUUCAAUCCCGUCACCACUUGUGAACCACCCGGCUGGAGUCAUCGCACAUUCAUGAAGCAUGUAGCAUCAGCACACCUGCUCGUGGCUUUCGUUCCGCGUUCCUGUUCCUUCUCUAUGGUUCUUUCUUCGUACAACCGAUCUCUUUCUUUGUCUUUAUAUGCCUGCUCAUCACCUCCCCCGUUCACAAUAUUUGGCCAACUAUCCACCUUUGUAGGACUGCCCUCGUCACUAUACAAGCCGAUCGUGUCUUAGUGACCGGGAAUUGGGAACAAUGCAUGAAACGUUCUAGUUACCCGCACCUGACGUAACAAAACGG